AUGACCUUCAACAAUCUGUUGGAGGACUGGGGCAUCAGUAAGAACGCAGUGGUCAGCGUGACGACAGACAACGCUGCCAACAUGAAGGCUGCAUUUAAAACUGAAACAGUUUGGAUGAGCUGCUUUGGCCACAAUUUGAAUCUAGCUAUAGGGAAAUCUUUAAAAAUUGACAGGGUGGAUGUAGCAAUCAAGGCGUGCAGGAGUGUUGUUCAGGGCUUCAACCACUCCUGGAAGAGAAGAAGGGAGCUAGCAAAGAUCCAAAUGGAGAUGAACAUCCCACAACAUACCCUCGUCCAAGACGUAGUGACUAGGUGGGGAUCUACUUACGACAUGGUCUCAAGGUUUGUUGAACAACAUGCUGCAGUGGCUGCCACACUCAUGGCAGACCGGAACACCAGGCACCUUGUGCUUAAAGGAGCAUAUAUUUCAACACUUGAAGACACAGCCAGAGUACUCAAGCCACUAAGAGCCUUCACCGACUCACUGUCUUCAGAGACUUGUAUCUCUGUCUCUGCCCUCAAACCAGUGCUACUACAUCUUACUGAGGACAUCCUGGCCAUGGAGGAUGGGGACAGCAACCUAGUGGGCAGCAUGAAGAGUGCCAUCAAACAAGAUCUUCUGUCCCGGUACUUAGAUCCAAAAAUAGCUGAUCUUGUCAUUAUGACAUGUGCCCUUGACCCUCGGGUUUUGUUGAAAACGAGGACGUACUUCCUCUUCUAA